GAGCAUCUAUCGAAUUCAUAAAUAUAUCGAACACACACGAACGGACACUCCCUUGAGCGGACAAUGUUUCUCUAGAUUCUGCAACGUUUUGUACGCCUUUGGACAAAUGAACGGAUUUCUGCUGACCUAAAACCAUUGCUUGUCAGCUGUAAUGCCACCCGAUACACCCGACAAACGCAGGUGCCCCAGGAAAUUGCUUACUCUAGAGGAGAAGCUGGCCGUGAUCCGGACGCAGGAGGAUGAAAAACUAACAGUGCGGGAACUGGCCAACAGGUUUAACAUUGGAAAAACACAAGCCCACGAGAUUUUGAGAAACAAAGAUGCUAUAAACAACGGACUGAUAUCCGGACACCUCAAUAUGAGCCAAGUAAGGAGAAAUCCCCUGAGCCAGCAUGGCGCCCAUAUUGACGAGUUAGUCUUCGACUGGUUUUCUUUGACCAGAAAAGAUAAUGUUCCCAUAUCCGGCCAGUUUGUCCGCGAAAAAGCGCGGGAGAUAGCGGUACAGAUGGGCUAUGACGGAUUUUCCGCAUCCCCUGGCUGGCUCCAGAAGUGGCGAAAGAGGCACAAUAUUGACUACAAUGAGACUGGUGAUAGCCUGGAUGUGCGGGAGUUUGAAGCCAUCAUUGUGAAGAGCGAGCCCAUCUCGAACAGAGACGAUGACCUCUCGUCAGUAGAUCUGGUUAAGCCCAUAUACAGCAUUGAGGAGGCAAUGAUGCAGCUGGCUCGCCUGAAGGAGUUCGUCAAGGACGACUUUAUAUCCUAUCAACAGCUGGUUAGCUUGGAGAAUCAGUGGAGCUGGAAGUGGAAUAACUUUAAGACGGGAGUUCCCUGACCUGAGUAGUAGCCUCAUAUGUUUUAAUAAGUAUCUUGGUUUAUGUUUUUUCGAAUAUUUAUUUCUGUCACAUAUAGUUCAAUCUCUAGUUAAAAAAACUCUAAGGGGAUAAGUGCUUCAAUAACAUAGCAUAUAUAUAUCUGUGUAUUUUAAUAUAAAUAAUCAAUAGAAAAAUCA